ACAUAAAUAAAACAAAACCCAAUUGGAAGUGAAAAAUCAAUGUUUUUCGGCUUAAAAAGAACAGGUAAAAAAACACAUUCGAAGGAUGCAGACAGCAAAUUAAAGGAUGAGAGUAUUGUUUUCGAUUCUGCACCAUCACGUGACCUUAUCAACUGGCAACUGGUCUUUGGAAAACAAACCAAAACAAAAACUUACAAAAAUGUUGAAAAGUGACGCAAUGAGAUAGUGAAAAAUGCGUUUGACUGCAAUUUUAUUAAAGCCCAAAGCGUCGGAGGUCUUAACGGCUUACCUUAAACAAUGCAGCGAACCUCCGUGGACGUCUUAUUUUGUAAAGUUUAAAGAUGUUGAGAAUGAUCAGCGCGGUUGGUCACACUUCAAUUGGACGCUUGAUACUGGAACUAAUUAUCACAUACUUCGCACAGGAUGCUAUCCAUAUAUGAAAUACCACUGUAGUAAACGGGCUAUUCAAGAUCUCUCUUUGGAGGAUCGAUUUUUCCGGGUUUUGAAAGUUAUAAAUUUAGGAUUGCCAAUGUUGUUUUAUGGGCUUGCUGCGAUUCAUCUUAUAACUCACGAGGAAUUAGUUCAUUUACCAAAUGGUUCUCGAAUCCCUAUAUACUUUCUUUAUGCAGAAGAUAAAGGAUCAAUGCACUGAUGCGAUUGGCGUUUUUACUGUUUAUGUAAAAAUGACUAUACCACAUUGCACCAUUUUUACUUCCCUUUUUAUCAGCUCGGGAUGUAUCUAUGUAAUAUUGAUGCGCCUAAAAGAUGCAGCGAUUUCUAUUCUCAAGUUACAUACUUGAUUACAGUACGAAUGGAAAUUAUAAUAGCGAGGUUUUAGUUUGUAAACUAAAAUUUUAUUAAGUAACCGCUACAAAUAACAAUAAAAAGUACAUGAGGAGUUGAACUGUUAAAAUGUUUUACGGAUAAAUUGUUCGUUAAAAGUUAGAAAAAAAACAAAACUUUUACACUUUAAAUAGAUAUUAAAAUUCAGUGGCUCCGCUGGCUAGGAAAUGUCGUGCGAAUUGACGGAAACGCUCCAGCU